UUAGAUAACAAUUUACAAACGUAAUGUGUAAGUGAAAUUUACGUGUUUUGCAUGUAAAUAAAAUAUGAGAGAAAGUAAGGUGAAUCAACAUAAAUUGAGGCCUCCAUAUUUUAAUUCAACUCAACAAUUAAAUAUUAAAUAUUGAUUGAGUCCAAAUGUUUAUACGAUUCAAGUUGAAAUAACAUGAUCAAAAUGCUAUCAAUGAGGAAUAUUAUACGGUUUUCCUUGGUGGGUGGUGUAGCUUUUGGAACAGUUGCCAGUUUACAAGGAAAUCAAUAUCGAUGGGAUUCAAUAGGUGUUGUACGUUUAAGUCGCGCUGCAAUUAAAGUAACGGAAAUUGGAGCAAUAUAUAAAACAAAAUUAUAUUCAAAAAAUUGGGAUAAAAAAUCUAUUGAAUAUAAAAUAAUUAAAUCUGAAUGUCAUAAGUUGGGCGCAGAAAAACUAUUAGAGUUAUGCCAAUUGAAUAAAGGUUGUUAUAUUAAAGUUGGUCAACAUAUUGGUGCUUUAGAUUACUUGUUACCUCGAGAAUAUGUGGAUACAUUAAAAGUAUUGCAUAGUCAUGCUCCAACUAACAGUUUAGAAGAUAUUUAUCAAGUUAUUAGAGAAGAAUUCAAAAAAGAACCAAAAGAUAUAUUUGUCGAAUUUGAUGAAACACCUUUAGGUAUCGCAUCGUUAGCACAAGUCCAUCGAGCAAAACUGGCUGAUGGACGAAUGGUUGCUGUAAAAGUACAACAUCCUUACGUUUAUGGCAACUCAAAAGUAGAUAUCAAGACCAUGGAAAUGUUAGUAAAAGUCGUAUCAUGGAUUUUUCCCGAAUUUAAAUUUCAAUGGCUAGUCGAUGAAACAAAAAAGAAUUUACCACAAGAAUUAGAUUUUUAUAAUGAAGGCAAAAAUGCUGAAAAAAUUCAAACAUUAUUAAAAGAUUUUAAAUGGUUAAAAGUGCCAGAAAUUUAUUGGGAUUUAUCCACAAAACGAAUUCUAACUAUGGAAUUUGUUGAAGGAGGACAAGUUAAUGAUUUAGAAUAUAUCGCAAAGCAUAAAAUUGAUCCAUUAGAUAUCACGAAAAAAUUAAGUCGAUUAUAUUCGCAAAUGAUAUUUGUGGAAGGUUUCGUACACAGUGAUCCACAUCCUGGAAAUAUUUUGGUUAAGAAAAAUGAUCAAGGAAAUGUGGAUAUCAUUUUAUUGGACCAUGGUUUAUAUGCUGUUUUAUCUAACGAAUUUCGAUACGAAUAUUCACAAUUAUGGUUAAGUAUUUUGGACAAAGAUCGGCAAAAAAUGCGAGAACAAUGUGCAAAAUUAGGUAUUGUUGGUGAUCUUUAUGGUUUACUCACAUGUAUGGUAACUGGGCGUACGUGGGAUGCAAUUUUAGCUGGAAUUCAAACAACCAAAGUUGGUAAAUUUGAGCGUGAUUUAAUGCAAACAGAAUUUCCGAAUCUAUUACCACAAAUAUCUGGAAUAUUAGAUGCAGUAAAUCGUCAAUUAAUUCUUGUAUUAAAAACAAAUGAUUUGAUGCGUGGUAUCGAAUCAACAUUAAAAACGCAACAGACGAUGACAACAUUUUUGAAUACAUCAAAGUGUUGUGUACGAACCGUCUACGAGAAUCACAUUAAAUCAUCUUCACAACAAAUAUCUAAGGUUAAACUAUUAUGCUUAGAACAUUGGACAUUAUUUAAACUAAAUAUGUAUUAUUUGUAUCGUGGAUUAGUUACAUUUUCAUUCUUUUCAAUUUUAAAAGAUAUGAUUGUAUAUGGGUAAGAUUUAGAAAAAUGAUUUAUUCUUAAGUAUCCAAAAAAUUACAACAUUAUGUUUUUAUUUGUUUUAAAUAAAGGUUGCCCUAAACUUAAUGCAAGAUUUUAAAAUUGCGCCAUUUGUGCUGUAAAGUGUUUUCAAUGAAAAACAAAGGUAAUUUUUAAAAUUCGACGGUUACAUUGAAAAAACAAUGUGUUUUUAGUCAAGUUCAUAUAAACAUGUCCAAAUAUACGUGCACUAUUUGUGACAACAAUCAUGUUACUGUACCUAAUACUUAGGCGUGGUGUGCUUACAUAUACUCAAUACAGACGUACACAAUUGCAUAUUUAUAAGAUUUUUUUUUUUUCAUCUUUUCAAAAAAUCUUUUUAAGGAGGAACAGGAGUGUUUGGAAAAAACCAGCGUUUUACUUUACCAACAUUUUCGUAAAAUUGCUUCGCAUGCUAAAUUUAAAAGUUAUCCGGAUUUAAAAAUUCCGAUGUCGAUCUAAGUUAUUUUUUGAGAUGAUGCAAAGUUGAAAAGGCAUUUGUUAGUUAUUUGGAAACGCAUCUUCAUUGCAAGUAUCGAGAUCUUCGAGUUAAACUCAUUUUUAUUUUACAACUUAAAUACACCUAGGUUAACACUAUAUUUUAAUUUCGUCAAAUUUUUAAGAAAAUUUUGCUUAGGGCCCAUACUAGCUUUAGAGAAAAAUUAAAAAAAAUAAUGAAUGAUUACUGGACUACAACUCGCAAAUUUUCAUUGCAAAGAAAUGUGAAUAAAGUUUAAAAAAAAAUUCUGAAAGCUUAAACCAUAUGUAACCGCCCAUAUCAUUGGAUUUGUUAUUAAGCCUUGUUAUCCACGCCUUGGGGGAGGAAAUUAAGAACUUUAAAAGUAAAAAUCAUAUGUGCGCGCAAAAUCUUGACGUUUUAACCGAUAUACUGUAACUAUUCCAUACAUAGACAGUUCUGUCAUUUAUACUUUAUGAACAUUUAUACUUUAUGCAAUUAAAAAUUGUGUGUUUUUGGUCAAAACUACUUGCGUUAAUUUUAGGAUAUCCUUAAGAAAAAAAAUAUUCUUGUAUUGUUCUGCAGACUUAUUUUAACAGGAUAUAGGAAGCGAGAAGUGCCUUAACGUUUUUAUGCUGUCAGUUAUAAUUUUUUAUCAGUAUAUACUCUUUAAGUGCUUUAACACUUACAACUUCCUAAAUCCACAACCACAAAAUUGUUUUUAAUAAAAGCCAAAAUUAAUGUUAAAUGGGUAAUAUUAAAAACAAUAUACUCGUUUCAUAAAGAACGUGAUUUAGCACAAAAUGUAUUAGACUCUAAUUUUAUUUUAUUUUUUUAAUGGAUAAUUUAGGAUUUAUAAUUUUAUCUUAAUAUCAUAAAAGUAAUGGGAUUGUUUUAUUAUCAAUGAAUUAAUUGAGAAAUAAUUAUUUAUUAGAAUGUUUUUACGAUGUUAGUUAUCGAUUCCAUAAAAGUACAAUUUAUAUCAUAAGUAAAAAAAAAUUACUUUUUGAUCCCAAAUAGUUAUAUAUAGUAUCCGAAAACAAAUAAUAAGAAAUCGUUUUCGAAAUAAUGAAAGAAAUACAAGGUGCGAAAGCAUAACUUUAUUUUUUAUAAUGUAGGCACACAUUCGCCUGAAACAUACUAGAGAUGUAUCUCUAUGUCAAAAAAAAUGCUCGUUUUAAAACAUUCUAAGUGUUACUAUUAUAACAUAACAUAUGAUGAGUACGCUUAGAAUGUUUUAACUGUGGCAGUUUUUUUGGAAUUAAGUAUAUGUGCCUACAUUAUAAAAAACAGAUAAAAAUUUUCUGAUUUAUACCAUGGAUUUUAUAAUUUUUGAAAAAAUGAAGUUAUGCUGCCGCACCUUGUAUAACACAGAUCGAUGUUGUUGUCCAAAUCCACUAAGUAAAUUUUUUUCUCAAAGCUAUAAUAACUACAAACUCUGUUAAAAAUAUUUCUUGGAAAGAAAUCUGUUGAGAAAACAAUUUUAUAUCCAACUCUAGUUAACAUGAUCUAGAUUAAUUCGGCCAAGUUUGAUAGUGUUUUUACUUCGAAAUCUUAUUUCGGCUAAUUUUAUUUCCCAAAAAUGUGCAUUAUUUUUUUCGGACGUUUUUCUGAAUCUUCUUUAAUCCCACUUAUUUAGGCAAUCCACAAUAUUUUUAAUAUUCAUUGCAGUCAUAAUGUUAAAUUGUAAAUAUUUUAACUUACAAUAGGCCUUUUCAUCAAUUUGCUUUUAUUUCGGACAUUUGUCAAAAAACUAUCCAUCUAAAGAAAAUCUAAUAUACUUCACCUUUAUCAAACAGCGCUUUUUGACAAAGAUAGAAGAUAUGUCUUUACU